ACAUCCUCUAAAACAUCAAUCAAGAAGCUGGUGAUAGCUUUAGAAGAUCCAAUAUGGUUGUCGGCGGUUGGGAACACGCUUUGCGAAGGGCCGCAGACCGCGGGCUUCAGACGCUCCAGGUCAAUUGGCAUCUCGGCUUCACUGCUUUCGGCGGACCGCCUGUCCACUUCAAGAUCUUUCAUGACAAGUUUGUCACAAAAUUACAAUGGAUUGAUGAGCAGAUUUUCCAAGAACUCUUCAGCGUCUCACAGGCGCUCUCUGGUCCUGCCAGCACGAAAAUGCUAUAUUGUAUUAAUUUGAUCCAUGGUGGACUAUUCGAAGCGCUUUUGGCCUUUUUCAUCUGGAGCUUGCCUGGCUGUCUAGGCAUGUUUGGACUCUCAAUUGGUGUAUCCAACAUUGGAGAUACACUACCUCGCGCCGUGUACGCCCUUCUCUCGGGUCUAAAUGCAGCUACUGUUGGCAUCAUCGCGUUAGCAGCUGUUGAACUCUCCGACAAGGCGAUUACAGAUCAAGCCACCAGGAUUGUUCUCUCAGUCACUGCGGCAGCUGGGAUACUGUACAAUGCCCUCUGGUAUUUCCCAGUUCUUAUUAUUGCGGGCGGAUGCUGUACCGUCGUGUAUGACUUUCGCUGGCUGCAUCGUCCGGUCCGAGCUGUGAAGAGCGCUUUCCUAAGAGUAAGGAGGGGAAGAGCGACGGAGAGUGAGAAUAUUCAAGGUGUUGAGAAUGGAACGGACAGGAAUGUCAAUGAUUCGAGAAUCGCCCUUGCUGAGCCAGUGGAAUCUGAACAGCGGGAGGAUGAACAGCGUAUUAUUCCCCAGGAAUAUCGUCUCAACUUCUCAUGGAAGUCCGGAACAGCCAUCAUCGCCGUCUUCCUAAUCACGUUCAUCGUCGUUGUUGCCCUACGUGGAACUUUACCCGCUGCUCCCCUACUUUACAAACUCUUCGCCAACCUGUAUCUGGCUGGGACAAUCAUCUUUGGUGGCGGUCCCGUUGUCAUCCCUCUUCUUCGAGAGUAUGUCGUUGCUGAGGGAUGGGUUACACCGCGUGAUUUCUUGAUCGGCCUCGCUAUUGUGCAGGCUUUCCCAGGACCAAACUUCAACUUUGCCGUGUUCUUGGGCGGCCUUACGGCUGCGAACAAUGGAUACCCAGCGAUUGCAGGAGCGCUGAUAGCUUAUCUUGGAAUCUUUGUCCCAGGCAUGGUUCUCGUUCACGGAACAAUGGGCGUCUGGGGAGUUCUGAGAAGUCGCCGUUGGGUCAAGUCUGCUGUGCGAGGUAUCAAUGCUGGGGCUGUUGGUUUGAUCUACACGGCUGUGUAUAGGAUUUGGCAGGUUGGGUAUAUAGAUCAGGGCUUUCAGUCUGGCAAGAGUCUGGCUGAUGAUCCUUGGUGGGUUGUUGUCACUGCAACGGCUUUCGUGGGGGGGCGGUUCUUUGGUGUCGCACCGCCGUUGGCAAUUCUACUUGGCGCUUCAUUGGGGUUGCUCAGGUAUGGCAUUGUUACAGCAUGAGUUGGGUUCACUACCAUUUGCAUCGGCGAGGUCCGACACGGAGUCGUCAAUUUGGACAUUUAUCGAAAGAUCAAUCUUGAGAUUCUGAGUCAUUAUGUAGAUGAUGGAUAUAGAGUUCA